AUGGGAGCUACCUCUGCUGUACUCAAGUACAAAUUAAACAAUGGAAGAGAUAUGCCAGCGAUCGCUCUCGGAUCAUAUUUGGGAUUUGACGAGCAAGGAAUAGUCCGCUCCUCUAAUAAGCAACUUCGAGAUGUCGUCUUGCGAGCCAUCGAGCUGGGAUACCGCCAUUUUGAUUCCGCAUCCUUGUAUGAGACGGAGCCCGAAAUUGGCGAAGCGAUCCGUAUGAAGAUUGAAGAGGGAGAUAUAAGUAGAGAGGACGCGUUCAUUACUACUAAGUUGUGGGUCACACAGCACAGAAGAGAACAAGUUCCUGUAGCUUUGAAGACCAGUUUGACGAAGAUGGGUUUGGAUUAUGCCGAUUUGUAUCUCAUGCACUGGCCAAUUGCGGUUAAUGAGGAUUAUACCUAUAAUGAUGUGGAUUAUAUGGAGACCUGGAAAGGAAUGGAAGACGCACAAAACCUGGGGCUGACUAAGGCCAUCGGGGUAUCCAAUUUCAAUCAGACCCAGCUGAUUCGAUUGCUUGAUGAAGGGAGUGUUAGACCUGCAGUACUUCAGAUAGAAAACCACCCUCAAUUAACCGAACGGGACCUGGUGAACUUCGCCCAGAAAGAAGGAAUUACCGUGAUGGGGUAUUCACCCCUCGGUUCACUGGUUCCAAGAUAUGGUAUGCAGUUACCUGGACCAAAGAUGGAUGACCCCAUCUUGGUGGAUAUUGCUAGGAAGUAUGGGAAGACCGUUCCUCAAGUCGUUUUGAGGUGGUUGGUCGACAGAAAACUCGUUCCCGUAACCAAAACUGUUAAAGUGAAGCGUCUGAAGGAAAACAUUGAGAUUUUCGACUUUUCACUGACAGCCGAGGAAAUAGCAAGAAUCAACAAAUUCGACGAACACAAAAGAUUCACUAUACCAUCUUUUUGGCAGGAUAACCCAAAUUAUCCGUUCGAGAAAAUAGAAAAUCCCGUUCAAAAUCCAUUUGUAGCAAUAAAGAGUAAAAAUUUAAAGAAUUAA